CUGCACUGAUCAGGUCGCGCAGCCGCUGACGUUUCGUUGUGUCGGCUCCACCCGUUUGGGUGGAUCCCUUCCGAAUUCCGAUCCCAUUGGUCAUUGACCACCGGGCUGGUUGCCCGCACUGGUCUUGCCCUUUUAAGCGCCGGCGCUUCCGUGGUUGGCUCGCCAUUCCAGAGCUCGAGGUGGAGAUCGCGGGGAGAGGAAGCGAAACAACGAUAGGAGGAAGCGAGACAACGAGAGGUGGUUUCUCGGUUGCGGGUGAGUCGUGUUGAAGUGAGCUAUGGUGGCGUUGGAGAUGUGUGCGGGAGUGGGAGUUCGGGGUCACGAGUUGAAGCAUGGGCGGCAGCGGCACGAGGAGGUGGGGAGUGAGGUCGCGGGAGACGGCGUGGCGUCGCUCGGGGAGAUGGACCUGUACGGCGACGUGCUCGAGUCGGUGGUGGAGCGCGUGCCGGCGGCCGAUCUCGCCGCAUCGGCGCGGGUGUCGCGGGAGUGGCUCCGCGCGGUGCGCGCCGCGCUGCGGCGGCGGCCCCGGCGGCUGCCCUGGCUCGUGGUCCACCUCCAUGGCCGGCGGCGCCGCACCGCGGCGUACGACCCGCACUCGGGCGCGUGGGUCACCGUGCCAGCAGCGCGCCACGACACGCCGUCGCACGUCCGCCUGGUGCGGGGCGCGGGCGGGGACCGCGUCUGCGCGCUCUCCCUCUCCGGGCUCGCCGUGUCCGGGGACCCCCUCGGGAAGGACGUGUGCGUCGCGCUGAAGGCCCCCGGCGUGUGGCGCGUCGACCCGGUGUUCGCCGCGGUGGGUGACCGCGUCGUCGCCCUCGGCGGCGCGUGCCAGUUGGCGCUGGGCGAGGGCGAGGACGCCUCGGUGGUGGAGGUACACGAAAGCGGCAGCUGGACGGCCUGCGGUCCGAUGCCAGCCGAGCUGCGGGAGUCCGCGGCGGCGACGUGGCUCUCGGUGGCCGCGACGGAUCAGCGAGUGUACCUCACAGACAGAUCCACCGGGUGGGCAAGCUGGUUCGAUCCGGCGAAGCAGCAGUGGGGACCCACCUGCCGCCUCCGCCCUGACGCCACCGUCUCCACAUGGGGCCUCGCCCCCGGCCGCGGCGGCGCCGAGCGGCUCGUCCUGUUCGGAGCGAAGCGCUGCGGUAGAGCCGAGCAAGCGAAGAGCAGAGUCGUCAUCCAAGCGUGGGAAGUGGACGGCGACGGCCUCGCGCUGUCCCGUGGCGCGGCGCACGACACGAUGCCGGGGGAGAUGUCCGAGAGGCUGUUCCCCCGUGACGAGGACGGCGAUGAGGAGGACGAAGAGGAGAUGUCGCCGUCGAUCGGGGUGUGCGGCAACGCCGCCGGAGGGUACGUGUACAAUGCGGCCGACCCGACAAUCGGAGCCGUGCUCUACGAGCUACGUGACGGGGUGGGCAGCGCCGUGGAGCGAUGGGAAUGGGUGCCGUGCGCGCCCUCGGUCGAGGCCGAGCCGUUGGGACGCUUCAUCCUCGCGUGUUCGCCGGUGGGGCUGGACGAGCUCGCGCGUGGUCAACCAGCCGCAUGUACAACCGCACAGUGAACUCAUGACUGCCGACGCCCGUCCAAAGCAAGUUAACCUCAAAGGUUGCUUUUGUAAAUAAAGUCCCGCGCAGUAGCACGGCUACUCGCUAGCGUACAUAAAAAAUUAUGUUAAAUUUUCUUUACACAUGAUUUUCUUAGAAGUUAUUAAUAGUUAUCCCGUUGGCUUAUAACAUUAUAAAAAGUCAAAUAUUGGUUUCCAAGUCAAACCAGCCACCA